UCAGUGCCGCUGUUUCGUUUCCAUUUGAUAAAUGCGACGGUCAUAUAUUUGCGACGGACCCCUACGAUCGGUGAAUAAUGAGAAAGUUCGCGGCAUUUGCAUGCGGCACUGGCGCUGGCUUCGCUGCCUACUACUUUCAAAAGCUGCGCGACCCUCUGCAGGCUGUGCACAACUCGUGGACGAACAGUGAAAGACAGAUUAGCGAAUGCGCUUUCUGGGACAGCAAUUGGGAUUUUCGCGAUCCUAAGAGCUUGGUGCGGCCCGUAAAGGGCGACAAGCCACAGGACCAGAAUCGCUAUAACAGCGAUCUGGAAAAGAAUAUAUCGAAAUAUGCGCGGCAUAUCAUAUUAAUACGCCACGGCGAAUAUCUUGACGUGGGCGAAACCGAUGAGACGCAUCAUUUAACAGAUCGCGGUCGCCUACAGGCCAAGUAUACGGGCAAACGUUUGCACGAACUUGGCAUCAAGUGGGACAAGGUAAUUGCCUCAAAUAUGGUGCGUGCCCAAGAAACGGCAGAGAUAAUACUGAACGAGAUCGACUUUGACAAGACCAAGGUGAAAAACUGCUCAUAUUUGCGUGAAGGAGCACCAAUACCACCGCAGCCGCCUGUUGGCCACUGGAAGCCGGAAGCCUCGCAGUUUUUCAGGGACGGUGCAAGGAUCGAGGCCGCUUUUCGACGUUAUUUCCAUCGUGCCUUACCCGAUCAGGAGAAGGAGAGUUAUACGUUGAUUGUUGGACACGGCAAUGUAAUACGUUAUUUUGUUUGCCGCGCCUUGCAAUUUCCGGCUGAGGCUUGGCUGCGCAUCAGCAUUAAUCAUGCAUCAAUCACAUGGCUAACGAUUAGUCCGUCCGGCAAUGUGUCCAUCAAAUAUUUGGGUGAUACCGGCUUUAUUCCCGCCAAGCAUCUGACCAAUCGUAUACCACGCGAAGCCAAGAACGUUGUCUAGUUAUAAUCCCAAGGCGUAUUUUCUGUAUUCCUUUCCACAAGGCUGCAGCUCCAGGAAUCAGUAUACAAAUACUGUUGUCCACUGAUGAAGACUAUUUUUUUAAUAAUGAAGUUUAUAUUUCAAAUUAAUUGAAAACUAAUUAAAUCAUGUUAAACGGGUUUUCUACUAUUUGGCAUAUACAAACUGUAAAUUGAAACUGAACAAAUGAAAAUAUUUGAAUACAAUCAGCCAGAUGAAUUAAAAAAAAUCAAUG